CGCCUUUUCGGUGCCGAUUUUUUUUUUCCCAAUCACAUUGCAGGCGCGGACCACCGUACCGAUUGGACGUGUUGUCGCGCGCGACCGUUACUUUGAGCCCGUCGAUCGUGAAAAUCGUCAAACCAAAAGAACGCGGCCGCACGUGUCCGCCAGCGCAGUGCACAACAACUACGGUAGUGCAGUGUCCGGAAAAGCCGUAUACGUGCGUAGAACAGGUAGUCCGUUGCGCCAGGUGUCUCCGGCGCAGGAGUUGUACAAGGCGUGUGUUCGCAACCACGCGACCCGCGCGCGCAGUGUCCGCCGGACCCAUAUGCGCGGUUUUAGUAGCGACGCGGUCGUCGUGACGUCCGCGCUGUUGGCCGUCGCGCUCAUCCAGUGCGCGAUGCCGCCGCCGGUGGCCGACGCGGCCGCUUCGUCGGUUGGCCAUCACCGGAAUCGCGCCCGGCCGUCUCGACCGCGGAUGGCCGCCGACCAGCCGAGAAACGCCAGCAACGCGGCGGACGCGGCCGCCGACGAAUACGAUGGCAACAACUACGACGACGAAGAUUACGACGAGAAUGGCGUAAACAGCAAACGGCCGACCACUACGUCCACCCCCGACCUCCAAGUAACAGGCAGGCCUUCUUUGACACUGGAUACGUAUUCCUCAAAUCCUCAAGUACCUAAUGAAAAUUACCCUACGGAACCCAGUCAACCAGAAGAGUAUACGGAAAACGUGUCAGAAAAUAUUAUUUUGAGAUCCAAUCAGCAAGAAUCUGAAAUACCAGUUGAACUACCAAAAGUAACAGAAGAGCACAUAGUAAAACCAGAAGAACCAUUAGAAAUAUCAGCUGAAACUACAGAAAUAUCAGGGGAACCCACAGAAAUACCCGUAAAUCCCAUAGAAACACCAGAAAAAUCCACGGGAAAAUUAGAAGAACCUACAGAAAUAUCAGGAGAACCAACAAUACAACCAGAAAAUCCUGGUGGAACACCAGAAGAAUCUAUAGGAAGGUUAGAUGAAUUUAGAGGAGAGCCAGAAGAACGAUUAGAAACACUAGAUGGAUCCACUAGAAAAUCAGAAGAAUUUGAUGAAAGAUCAGAGGAACCCACAGAGAUCCCAGAAGAACAUACAGUAAAAAUAGAAGAGAACACAGAAUUACCCGAAGAACACUCAGAAAUAAUUGAAGAAUCCAAAAUUAUUGAUGUAACUGAAAGACCAAAUAAUGCAACUAGAUUACCACCGUUUAAUUUUUCAACUCGUUAUAUACCAGCACCAAAUAAAACAUACACUCAUAAGAAACAAUCAAUUACAAAAGAAACAAAUAUCUACUUAGACAAUAAUUUCCAAGAAGUAUUAAGCACGACAAUGUCAUCGUUCUAUGCAGUUCCUAAAAUUAGAGGUGAACCAGGUCCACAAGGUGAACCGGGAAAGCCUGGGUCAAUUGGUGAAAGAGGUGUUCCAGGUACACCGGGUGUCCCAGGAAUUCCUGGAUUCCCAGGACCCACUCCCGAUGUUAGCACAUAUUAUCAACAGUUAGCUCAAGUCCAUGGAGGUCAAGAUAAAGGUCCAAUUAAUAGUGGUUAUCCACCUGAAGCAUUUCACACUAUGCAAGCACAAGUUGGUCCAGUUGGAAUGAGAGGACCUCCUGGCCCUCCUGGACCUCCUGGACCUCAAGGAUUUCAAGGACCCCGUGGAGAAACAGGAGACGUAGGUGCAAUAGGCCCUCCAGGUCCAGUUGGUCCAAGAGGAAUUCCUGGUUUACCAGGCAGAGAUGGUGAACGCGGACAUGAUGCAGAACCAGGACAGCCGGGUACUAUUGGUCCUCCUGGACCUAGAGGUUUACCUGGAAUGCCAGGUAUACCAGGAAUAAAGGGCCAUAUGGGAUACCCUGGUGUAGAUGGUAUAAAAGGCGAACAAGGAUCUGCCGGUGAAAAGGGAUCCAUAGGGUCCCCUGGACAACCUGGCAUCACUGGUUCAGUAGGUCCAAUCGGUCCUAGAGGGGAACGAGGCAGAGAAGGAGCACCUGGACCACCCGGUCUUCGUGGUGCUGAUGGUUUACAUGGAGCUAUUGGUCCUCCGGGAAAUAUUGGGAAACCAGGUCCACCUGGAUUUCCUGGUUCGGUUGGUGUGAAAGGCGAUCAAGGAUUACCAGGACCUAAGGGUAGUUUUGGUUUACAAGGACCAAGGGGUGAAUCUGGAAAAUCCGGCGAACCCGGAGAAGCAGGUAUUCCAGGAAUACCAGGAAAAGAUGGAACUCCGGGAGAAAAAGGCAGUCCAGGAGCAAGUGGACCUAUUGGUCCUUCUGGUUUUCCAGGACCUCGAGGAGCUCCCGGUGAACCAGGUAGCGUUGGACCACCUGGUAUAAAAGGAGCUGAUGGAUUGAACGGUGAACGAGGUUAUAAAGGAGAAUCAGGAAUAAAAGGCGAAAUUGGUAUUCCUGGACCUAGAGGAUUACCUGGUAUGGAUGGACCUGAAGGAAAACGAGGCAGAAAAGGUUCCGAAGGACCUCGAGGACUAUCUGGAAUACAGGGUGAACGAGGUCUUCCAGGGGAACGUGGAUUACCAGGUCCAGAUGGAGCACCUGGUACUAAAGGAUCUCUUGGUGAUCGUGGAUCAGAAGGACCCCCUGGUAUAAAAGGUGCGAUUGGCGACACAGGAAGACCUGGAAUGCCAGGCCUACAAGGUUUAAGUGGACCAAUAGGAAAACCAGGACCUCCAGGAAAAUCUGGACCACCCGGUGAACGUGGUAUACCAGGUGCAGAUGGAAAGAUCGGUGAACCAGGAGCACCAGGUUUGCAAGGCUUGCCAGGACCAAUAGGUCCACCCGGUGAUAAAGGUUUAACUGGAGAACCUGGAGCAAAUGGUGAAGUUGGACCUUCCGGAGCACCAGGUCCCAGAGGCGAUCCAGGGAAAGAAGGUCCUCCAGGCAAUGCUGGUAUACCUGGUAAGCCGGGGUUGGACGGAGAACGAGGAACAGUUGGUCCACCAGGAUCUAUUGGUUCUCAAGGUGUACCAGGAGUACCCGGAAAUCCGGGUCAACCCGGCAAAGACGGUGAACAAGGUCAACAAGGACCAGCAGGAAAACAUGGUGAACCAGGGGCUAGAGGUGAACGCGGAUUUCCUGGAGAAAGAGGACCUAUUGGUCAUCCAGGACUACAAGGUAUUAAAGGAGAAUCAGGAGUAGCUGGUCCUGAAGGUCCCAUUGGACCACAAGGAAUCAGAGGUGACAAAGGACAUUCCGGAUCACCAGGUUUAAUGGGUUUACCAGGAUCAAGAGGUGAACCAGGAAUUUCAGGUUUAAAAGGAGAACGAGGUUCUACUGGAGCUCAAGGACCUUCAGGAUCACCAGGUCCUGCUGGAGAACGAGGGCCGCAAGGAUUUGUUGGCCCAAUUGGUCCACCAGGUGAACCAGCUGAAAGAGGAGAGCCCGGAUCUACAGGUCCUCCAGGAGAACCAGGCGCACCAGGAACACCUGGUGAGCGAGGACCAUUUGGACCUCAAGGAGUUCAAGGUUUCCCUGGAUCACCAGGAUCAGUAGGUAUGCCAGGUCCUAAAGGUGAUAGAGGAGAUGGAGGUAUGAAAGGAGAUCAAGGAAAUCCCGGACCUAUCGGAAAAAUUGGUGAACCUGGCCUUCCUGGUGCAAUGGGUUUAGUUGGCCCGAAAGGUAGUCGUGGGGAUCAAGGUAUUAAAGGUGAUUUAGGUUUAAUGGGAAUACCGGGAAGAGCUGGAGAACGAGGACCACCGGGAUAUCCUGGACCAACUGGACCUUCUGGACCACCAGGUUUGGUUGGACCCAAAGGCUGGCAAGGUGAACCGGGAAAACAAGGUGUACCUGGAAAUAUUGGAGCACCAGGAUUACGAGGACUCGAAGGGAUUAAAGGAGAAACUGGUGCAGAUGGAGUACCAGGACCUGCAGGACCCAUUGGUCCUCAAGGGGCUCCAGGUGAAAGAGGCCUGCCCGGUGUUCCAGGCAGUCAAGGGCCAAUGGGAAUGCGAGGAGCUCAAGGAUCACCAGGUGAAAAAGGAUCACCGGGGAAACCAGGUUCAGAUGGUUUACAGGGAGUCCAAGGUUUAGCCGGACCUCCAGGUGUUCCGGGGCCUCAAGGUGAACGAGGUCAAGAUGGAGCAACAGGUUUACCUGGAGUACCAGGAAUUAGUGGAAGGCCGGGAGACAAAGGUCCGCCUGGAUCUCCUGGUAAUUUGGGUAAUCCUGGUCCACCAGGAAUGAUGGGCCCCCAAGGUUUACCUGGUCCUAUUGGAAAUCAAGGUGAACGAGGUUUGCGAGGUGAAACUGGCCCACAAGGAGUUGAAGGGCCUCCUGGCCUGAAAGGUAAACCAGGAUCUCCUGGGAUUCAAGGUCAAAAAGGAGAUCGAGGAGACAUAGGUCCUGAAGGAAUGAAAGGUCAUAGAGGCUUAAUGGGUUUACAAGGACUACAAGGUGCUCCAGGAGCUGAUGGUCAAAAAGGUGAUAUUGGAUAUCCUGGACCUGUUGGACCACCAGGGGAACCAGGAUCAAAAGGAGAACCAGGACAAGAUGGAAAUCCGGGAUUACCUGGUUCAAUGGGACCACCUGGACCAAGAGGACUACCUGGUGAACGAGGUUCUGAUGGAGAACCUGGAGCAUCAGGUUUACCAGGUCCACCAGGACCACCAGGUGAAGCCUUAGCAUACGAUAUGGCAGCAUUAACAGCUUUAUUAUCACAAGGACACAGUAAGGGACCAAGUGAUGGUAUUCAUCAAGAUCAACCAGAAGAAAUGACAGAAACAGAGAAAAGCCAACUGAUAUUAAACGCCUAUAAAAAAUUAAAAACGUCAUUUGAAAAGUUUAAGAAACCAAAUGGUGAAAAAGAUAGUCCAGCAAAAACAUGCAAAGAUUUAUACGCUGCUUACCCUGAUUUUGGAAGCGGAGAAUAUUGGAUUGAUCCCAAUGAAGGUGAUGUUCGUGAUGCAGUACUAGUAAGAUGUGAUACUGUUACUAAGAGUACAUGUGUAAUACCUCAACCAGAUCAUAUCGGACCAAUAGAUUUUAAUAAUAAACAACCUCAACCAGAAAUCUGGUUAUCAGAAUUUGAAAAUAUUGCAAAGAUAUCUUACAAAGCAGAUAGCAAUCAGAUUAGUUUUCUACAAUUAUUAUCUGUGUCAGCUACCCAGAAUUUAACAUAUCAUUGCAAAAAUACGAUUGGGUAUUAUGAUGCUGAAUCAAAAUCAUACAAAAAAGGAUUAAAAUUGAUAGGAUUUAAUGACAUCGAAAUUACUCCAAAAGGAAAUCCAAAAAUGAGGUAUAAAGCAAUUGAAGAUGAAUGCAAGACUAGAAAAGAACAAUGGGGAAAAACAACAAUUUCAUACACAACUGAUCGUCCAUCUCGAUUACCAAUCAUAGAUAUAGUUUUACGAGAUUUUAAUGAAGUUGGUCAAAGUUUUAGUAUACAUUUAAGUCCAGUAUGUUUUGUAUAAAGAAAAAAAAAAUCAUUAGUUAUUUGUUCAGCUUUUCUUUAAAUAGCACAACAAACCAAUUAAACACAAUAAUUAUCUUCACAAUAAUAUUAUUAAAAGUAAAAUAAUUUAUAAUAAAAAAUAGUAAAAAUAAAGUAGAAAACUAAAAUGGUAGGGCAGUUAACAGUUUUUAAAAUUUGGUCAUUGAAACAAUAGAAGCUUAAAAAUUAUGUAUAAGCUUAUAAAUGGUAGGAAAACCAAAUAUAUUAAGUAUAGCUUAAUUAAACUACCAAUGGUGUAUUUUCAAAGGCGUCCAUAAAAGAGAAAUAUAAAUUAAUUAAUCCUAUUGGUUGUAACUAAAACAUUAUAAAUAACUUGACACAAUAAAUAAAUUAGCUGAUAAAUAACUGCCAUUUUUUAGGACGCCCCAUAUUAUUAUUAUUUUA